AUGUUCGUCAAACACCUUGCGGCUGCGUGCUGCCUCGCUCCUGGCCGCCUUCCACAGUCACUUGGGUCCCUCUCAUGCUCUCCCUCUCAUGCUCUCCCUCUCAUGCUCUCCCUCUCAUGCUCUCCCUCUCAUGCUCUCCCUCUCAUGCUCUCCCUCUCAUGCUCUCCCUCUCAUGCUCUCCCUCUCAUGCUCUCCCUCUCAUGCUCUCCCUCUCAUGCUCUCCCUCUCAUGCUCUCCCUCUCAUGCUCUCCCUCUCAUGCUCUCCCUCUCAUGCUCUCCCUCUCAUGCUCUCCCUCUCAUGCUCUCCCUCUCAUGCUCUCCCUCUCAUGCUCUCCCUCUCAUGCUCUCCCUCUCAUGCUCUCCCUCUCAUGCUCUCCCUCUCAUGCUCUCCCUCUCAUGCUCUCCCUCUCAUGCUCUCCCUCUCAUGCUCUCCCUCUCAUGCUCUCCCUCUCAUGCUCUCCCUCUCAUGCUCUCCCUCUCAUGCUCUCCCUCUCAUGCUCUCCCUCUCAUGCUCUCCCUCUCAUGCUCUCCCUCUCAUGCUCUCCCUCUCAUGCUCUCCCUCUCAUGCUCUCCCUCUCAUGCUCUCCCUCUCAUGCUCUCCCUCUCAUGCUCUCCCUCUCAUGCUCUCCCUCUCAUGCUCUCCCUCUCAUGCUCUCCCUCUCAUGCUCUCCCUCUCAUGCUCUCCCUCUCAUGCUCUCCCUCUCAUGCUCUCCCUCUCAUGCUCUCCCUCUCAUGCUCUCCCUCUCAUGCUCUCCCUCUCAUGCUCUCCCUCUCAUGCUCUCCCUCUCAUGCUCUCCCUCUCAUGCUCUCCCUCUCAUGCUCUCCCUCUCAUGCUCUCCCUCUCAUGCUCUCCCUCUCAUGCUCUCCCUCUCAUGCUCUCCCUCUCAUGCUCUCCCUCUCAUGCUCUCCCUCUCAUGCUCUCCCUCUCAUGCUCUCCCUCUCAUGCUCUCCCUCUCAUGCUCUCCCUCUCAUGCUCUCCCUCUCAUGCUCUCCCUCUCAUGCUCUCCCUCUCAUGCUCUCCCUCUCAUGCUCUCCCUCUCAUGCUCUCCCUCUCAUGCUCUCCCUCUCAUGCUCUCCCUCUCAUGCUCUCCCUCUCAUGCUCUCCCUCUCAUGCUCUCCCUCUCAUGCUCUCCCUCUCAUGCUCUCCCUCUCAUGCUCUCCCUCUCAUGCUCUCCCUCUCAUGCUCUCCCUCUCAUGCUCUCCCUCUCAUGCUCUCCCUCUCAUGCUCUCCCUCUCAUGCUCUCCCUCUCAUGCUCUCCCUCUCAUGCUCUCCCUCUCAUGCUCUCCCUCUCAUGCUCUCCCUCUCAUGCUCUCCCUCUCAUGCUCUCCCUCUCAUGCUCUCCCUCUCAUGCUCUCCCUCUCAUGCUCUCCCUCUCAUGCUCUCCCUCUCAUGCUCUCCCUCUCAUGCUCUCCCUCUCAUGCUCUCCCUCUCAUGCUCUCCCUCUCAUGCUCUCCCUCUCAUGCUCUCCCUCUCAUGCUCUCCCUCUCCCUCUCAUGCUCUCCCUCUCAUGCUCUCCCUCUCAUGCUCUCCCUCUCAUGCUCUCCCUCUCAUGCUCUCCCUCUCAUGCUCUCCCUCUCAUGCUCUCCCUCUCAUGCUCUCCCUCUCAUGCUCUCCCUCUCAUGCUCUCCCUCUCAUGCUCUCCCUCUCAUGCUCUCCCUCUCAUGCUCUCCCUCUCAUGCUCUCCCUCUCAUGCUCUCCCUCUCAUGCUCUCCCUCUCAUGCUCUCCCUCUCAUGCUCUCCCUCUCAUGCUCUCCCUCUCAUGCUCUCCCUCUCAUGCUCUCCCUCUCAUGCUCUCCCUCUCAUGCUCUCCCUCUCAUGCUCUCCCUCUCAUGCUCUCCCUCUCAUGCUCUCCCUCUCAUGCUCUCCCUCUCAUGCUCUCCCUCUCAUGCUCUCCCUCUCAUGCUCUCCCUCUCAUGCUCUCCCUGCUCUCCCUCUCAUGCUCUCCCUCUCAUGCUCUCCCUCUCAUGCUCUCCCUCUCAUGCUCUCCCUCUCAUGCUCUCCCUCUCAUGCUCUCCCUCUCAUGCUCUCCCUCUCAUGCUCUCCCUCUCAUGCUCUCCCUCUCAUGCUCUCCCUCUCAUGCUCUCCCUCUCAUGCUCUCCCUCUCAUGCUCUCCCUCUCAUGCUCUCCCUCUCAUGCUCUCCCUCUCAUGCUCUCCCUCUCAUGCUCUCCCUCUCAUGCUCUCCCUCUCAUGCUCUCCCUCUCAUGCUCUCCCUCUCAUGCUCUCCCUCUCAUGCUCUCCCUCUCAUGCUCUCCCUCUCAUGCUCUCCCUCUCAUGCUCUCCCUCUCAUGCUCUCCCUCUCAUGCUCUCCCUCUCAUGCUCUCCCUCUCAUGCUCUCCCUCUCAUGCUCUCCCUCUCAUGCUCUCCCUCUCAUGCUCUCCCUCUCAUGCUCUCCCUCUCAUGCUCUCCCUCUCAUGCUCUCCCUCUCAUCUCUCCCUCUCAUGCUCUCCCUCUCAUGCUCUCCCUCUCAUGCUCUCCCUCUCAUGCUCUCCCUCUCAUGCUCUCCCUCUCAUGCUCUCCCUCUCAUGCUCUCCCUCUCAUGCUCUCCCUCUCAUGCUCUCCCUCUCAUGCUCUCCCUCUCAUGCUCUCCCUCUCAUGCUCUCCCUCUCAUGCUCUCCCUCUCAUGCUCUCCCUCUCAUGCUCUCCCUCUCAUGCUCUCCCUCUCAUGCUCUCUCACUCACACACCAACUCACCACUUCAGCCAGCGCCUUGCCUCCCAGUUUCCGCCCUUUCAGCUUCUCCUGAAUCUUAG